AAAAGUCGGUCCUUGGAACAGUAGGGGAAACGGCUGGCAGCGACGAACUGGCGAGAGAAUGUUUCAACGGGUGGCGCGCCGGACUCAUUUUGUUUCAUUUUGGUCCUCACCACGCAACGGCCUUCCUUAGCCACGCGACGCGCCUGCUUUUCGCUGCUGCGCACUUGAACGCGUCGAUUCCGAACCCAUUGACAGGUGGCUUUGAUACAACCCUCCCACGCGCACCCGGCGCAUCAACCUGGAGUCAGAUUCCGCUUUCUAGCGGUCUCAUACUGCCUUCUCAUGCCGUCGAGAAAGCGUCCUAGACCCCCAAGUCCCACCUUCGAAUGCCAUCCUCCAUGAGUGCGCCCAGCAAUGACAUUCCGCCAUUGACCAAUGAGGAGAUUGAAACCCUCUAUGAUAUCGUGCGUGACGCGCAGUCACUGCCCGACCCUCCAUACCGCGCCCUCUUCAAAGCCUACGAUCGCAUCCUAGCGCAAAAGCGCAAAACAGACAAUGAUGGUCGCUACUUCACGUUUCUAAUUCGCAUGCAAGAUGAUGCCCUAUCGGGGCAUGAGGAGCUUGUUGACAGAUUCCAGCGCCUCCUGGCAGCGCAGGGGAUACAGGUUGAGAUUGAUCCCGAGGGAGAGGGAGUGGAGGUGACCACCAAUUUGGAUAUUGCAGCUGAGAGCGGUCCAAUUGCUACUCGAAAUGCUGUCCCUUUAGCCAGAUCAAGGCGGGGAAGUUUUGAAUCCUUUUUUGAUGGCAGUGCGGACAAGGUGCCUGGAACCGAGUAUGAUUUGCCCGUUCGUUCAAGGCGAUUGUCGGUUGCGGCAUCAGAUACAGGGGAGACACGCGACGCUCGGCGCAUGCGCCCGGGAUUGGCUGGGCAUGCUCCCUUGCCACGACAGCUGCCAUUUCGCGGGCGAGUGAGCACUGAGGAACACAGAAGGGCAGCAUCUGUGGAUUACGCUUCUCAACGUCGACUAAGACGUACUGGCUCCGUUGACAGCCGUGGCAGCUUGCGCAUACGUCGAGAUGAGGAUACUGGAAUCCAGGACCUAGGGGAUGGGGAGGGGGAAUUCAGCGACCACACGGAUAGCUUUGACCGUUCGCAUGUCCAAAUCCCCGGAGUAAAUGUACCCCUCCCGGACGCAGGAGGCGGACAUCAGGAAUACGGAUUCCCCACCACGCCUUACCGGCCGUCGGAUACGCAGAUUGAACGUGAUGCAGAGACUUUUGUUUACCACCGUGGGCUUGCCCUCAAAAGAGCUUAUCUCCAGAAAUGGCGGACCAGAUUGGCGGAGCAUUUAGAUAAGCAGCAGCGCAUGGAGGCGGCUGCGAUAGCCUUUGAGCGGAGAGUUUUACUUAAAGCUUCGUUGGAUUCUUGGCGCAUUGCAUUCCAAUCCCGGCGCCAGGCCGCCGAAACAGAGCGUUUCUUCCAACGACUCGAGAGGAGGGCGGAGAAGGCAAGGAACCUGUUUCUUCUCACGAAAGCCUUUACCCACUGGGCUAAAAGCGCAGAGGAUGAAGUACAACGAACGUCAACCGCAAGACGGCAUAUUCUUCGCACAAAGUACUUCAACGCGUGGCGCGAUAUAACGGCAGUCAACGAGCUGAAGAUCCAGCACUUCGUUCUCGCCAAAUUUCUGGAUAUAUGGCGGUCUCGAACCGCAGCAGUAAGGGAGCAAAGCGAUUUGGCUGUGAACUUGUACGAGCACAACAUUGUGUACAGGCUCUACUGGCAAUGGUUUUGGAAAUUCGGCGAGCGCAGGGCGCCCAUAUUGCAUCGUAUCCGCUUGGCCCGAGAGACGCUGAGGAAGUGGGCUGAAAUCGUCACAAUCUUGAAAGAAAGGGAACAGUGGGCUAGUCAGCAGCGAGACCUCCAGAUUUUGCGGACAUCCUUCUCAAAGCUCAAGGAGCGAGCGGCACGAAUAUCUUCAGCGGAACUUGAAGCCGAUGCUUUUCGACGAGCAGCUCUUCUCUCCUCCGCUUUUUACGUCCUUCGUAACCAAGCUCAGCUUGUUCCAUUACAGAGACGAUUCGUCGAGCAGCGAAAUGCCCGGUUGUUACAUUUUUCAUUUCAGGCGUGGCGCCGCGAUGCGCAACAUACUAAACAGGCCCGUGAAGUGGAUCGCCUGCGCCUUCUUCGUAAUGGUUUCACGGCAUGGAACGACCGCCUGCGUGUGAAGGCGCUUCAAGAACAGAUCGGCGAGAGAAUUCAAUUACAGUGUCUCUACAAAUGGGCUUUAGCUUCACGGGUCUCCCUUUUCCAACGCGUACACAAUCACCGGCUCAAAGAAAAACUCUUUUCUGACUGGGCUGCUAAGACGGAAAACCAAGAGAAUACCCUAGAUCGGGCGGAGAAGAGAUUUGCAGCCUUCAAGCGUGCACAAUUGCUCCGCUCCUCUCUACGCAAAAUCGAGAGUGCCACGGUACAAAGAAGAGGGCAAGAAUUUCUCGCGGUAUCUGUAUACGAGCCCAGGCUCAAACAGCGCAUCUUUGCGAAGCUUUUGGAGAAGCACGCGCACCUGCAACAGUUGGAUACCUGGGCUGAACGAGCCAACUACUAUGUCACGGCAAAGAACGCUCUCAAGCGGUGGCAGGGAGCCACAGAGCACGCUCGGCGUGUCCGCCGCCGAGAGGCAUAUGCGCAUAUGAGACGCACAGUCAAGCUCAAUCUUGUGCGGCGCACAUUUGCUCAUUGGAGAGAUAAAUCCGCAAGACUGGUGGAGUGCCAGCGCGAGGCCGAUGACAUGGCUCGAAGUCGCGUCGUCCGGACCGCGACGGCACUUCUUCGCCAAUGGCACGACCAGAUUGCGCAUCUGCGUGAGCUGGAGACGCGAGCUGUCCAAACCCAUGCACAGAAGCUCAAUACGACAACACUUGCGAUCUGGGUGGAUAAGAUGCGUGGGCUGCAGGAAAUGAGCAUCCGGGCUGUGGCUCUUAGAAACGAGUCGACGCAGAUUGCUGCGAGUGGUUGUUUGAAGAAACUGUCGUGGAAAGUCUGGACCGUGAAGCGUCAAGAGGAAACAGCAAACGCAUUGAGGGGAAGGAACUUUGAGAAGCAUGUACGAGCUAUGGUGAGGUUUUGGUGGGAACAGACUGCGGAACGGCUGGCGCAGAAAGAGGAGGAGGAGGGAAGCCCCAGUCCAGCGCGCCGCCGGCAGGAUGAGGAGAGUGAUGGCGGUGGAAACGAGGGGGAUGCGGAUGAGUUGGGGGAGUUGAGAGGGCCUGAUAAUGGGGGCGACGGUGCUGGCGACGCUGGCAUACAUCACGAGGAGAACGAACCACGAGACGAGACACAGCGCCCGGAAACAUGGACGCCAUUCAACGAAGAUGCCCUUCGGGUGCGAGAACUCGAUCUCUCCUUCUCGGUCUCCCCACAACACAGCCAAUCGCGCCCUAGAACAGUAGUUGCAUCUGCGCCUCGUCCUGCUCCGCUACGGCCAAAUACGUAUCCACAACCCCAGCCGCGAUCAGAACCACGAAGAGGGCGUAGAUGGCCUCAACCUACAACAUCCAUACUCCGCCGACGGCCCCUCGACAACCCAUUCCCGCCCAUCACGGAAGCAUCCGAUUCCGCGCCGGAAGCCUCAGCCCUGGACCUCGACACCCAUCUCGACCUUGAGGCCGAAGUCGAUCCCGCAUCUACUUUCUGGACCUCAACGCCUAUGCCACCCCCGCGUCUGGAACCCCGCAAAGCCCCAGGGCAGAACAAGCCCAUGGCGGCUGGGACGCAGAAGCCGGGGUACCUCAGGACGCCUAGUCGACGUGCUAUUGUGCGUGAGCGGACGAGGAACCAGGACGUGCUAGGGAGCCCGUCGAAGUCGCGGGUCGGUGUUGGUCUGAGGGUAGGUGCUCGGAGUGCGCCGCCGGGGAGGGGGUAUAGGGGGUUGGGAGAGCGGGGUCUCGGUGGUAUUACUAGUUUUGAGGAUAAGCUUAGGGAAGGGGGGUUUGAGGGGAGGAAUAGGGUUGGGUUUGCGUAGAUGGGUGUUAGGGAGGGAGGGUUGUGCAGGGUUUUGGUUUGGGGUUUGGGAUUGUUUGGGUAGGAAGUGCUUCUGGAUAUGGGCUCGAUGGGAUAUAUCCAGGCAAGGUGUGGAGAGGUUUACUUGGGGUGCGGAGGGAGUUCGCAUCGCGUGGGCAAACGAUCUCCUGCGCUUAUUACUAGAAUGCGCACACAUCCGAAGCCUAUUGAGAGUAAUGUUUAGUAAUGUUCAACACUCCUG